AUGUCCGAAUUCGAUACUCCAACCAAGAUGGGUGAAAUCAUUAUACUGAACGUUGGGGGUGUGAAGUAUGAGACCUAUCGAUCCACGCUUACCGCUUACCCUGACACAUUCCUAGGCACAAUGUUCCAGGAAAGAAAUCAGGAUAUGGUCCAUCCGAUCAACGGGACUAAUGAAUACUUUAUUGAUCGUGACGGUGAUUGCUUUAGGUAUAUACUUCAAUUUUAUCGCACGGGAAAAGUGUUCUGGCCAGAACCAAAUGCUGGAAGAAUUUCGAUUACUCGUCAGGAAUUGGAACAAGAAUUAAAUUACUUUCAAAUUCCUUGUCCCUCUCCCCCAAAUCCAUCCAAAGACCUCCAAACGAAGCCCUCAUAUGGUUCAAGAUCGAUCUCUGAACAGAUAAAUCAGUUUGUUAAAACCGUAAAACACAUAAUUGAACUCAUCGAAAAAGAGUCCCGACAACAGUUCCUAUUGAAACGUCAUCUGGAAAUUCAAAUAUUUCUAAAGUUCAAGAGUAAUCGAAGUGAGGUCGAUUACUAUGUUGCCUUGUAUAACGGCAACGAGUUUCUCUUGGACAAUCAAAACAUUAGAGGCUUGACGAUGGGAUAUAUUCUGUUGGAAGAAUUCGGAGACGACAUCGGUGGACAUCUGAAGAAAUUUUUUCCCGAGCUGAGUUGGAAUAUAACCAAGGAAACGAUUGUUCAGAUAUUGACACCGGUUCAUAUAUUAACAGUGGAAAUGUGUAUAAACAAUAAGUUUUCCCAUGAUGAAAUAGUCUCGGGAAGCU